GAUCUUUGUCUUGUCGAGUUCGCUUCCCAAGGCCACCAGUGUGCCUCUGAGCAUGUUGAUUAUGUUCUUCAUAACGGUGGUCGUAUCCUAUGGUUGUCUGAUAUUUCGAAACCUGUUAAUCAAGCUGGAGAUACCUCUCAGGCUCCAAUUGGACAUUUGAAGCAAAUACUGGACCAGUUCACAGCUGAAAAAAGACAGGUAAUUGGUUGCAUUUAG